AAGAUGUACAGGAACAUCCUAGUUAAUGCUUACAUACCUGCUUUCUUCUAGAUUUUAAAAGCAAGAUGAAUAAUUAUGAAAAUGAUAGCCUCGUAUUUUAUUUUGUGUUGGUUUGGAAUGGUCUUUUCCCUGGAAUGCACAGGUGGUGUGCCAGUUAUUUUGCAGACCACUCCAAAUCAGAUAUCCCAUUUUAAGAAAAUGUCAAUACCAGGUGCCAUGCCAGUUGUUUGGCAGACCACUCCAAAUCAGAUAUCCCAUUUUAGGAAAAUGUCAAUGCCAGAACAUAAACCAACUCAAUUGGAGACAAACCAUACCCAGGUCACGCAGAAGCUGACAAACAGCUCUAAACCAGUUACUCAGAUUGGAUCUAAGGCCACCCAAGAUUUUAUUCGCACAAAUGUGUCAGCUGCAUCAUCUGGAUAUAAGAAAGGCCCAAUCUGGAAUGUACACAUCCCUGCUGUCUCAGAAGAGAAAGAAAAUGGAAUUAACACUAACUCUGACGAAAUAAUUACAGAUUCUCAAAAGCCUACUGCUCCAGGUUGGGCUCGAAUUGCAUUUAAAAAUGAUGCUGAUCAGGUAUUUCAGUAUUUUCUGAGCUCUCCUUCUGCAGAAGGGGAGGGAGAAAAAAAAAAAACAGAUUUACUCAGGACUGAAAACUUCAACAAUCAAGUUGCACUUCCUGUUUCACAUACUUCAUCUGCGGCGAGCCAGGUGGUUUAUGGCAGAGAAAAUGGGUCAGUUGCUGUAUAUGUUAAUAUUCACAGCAAAGGGCACACUCUUGUUUGUGGCACUGAACAGACAAAGGAUGCCCCACUUGAACGUAGUUUGUUCCAGUGGACUCAAUCUAAUGGAAAAGAUGUGCAAGUUUCAGACUUGGUAAGCAUUCUGCCUUCCGGAAAGCUUGUUUUUAACCAGUUUCUUGCUGACAAAAGUGGUCUGUACAAAUGCAGUGCCUCAUACAAGUUAGGAGGCUUCAAGUAUAAGAAGAAAUACAGUUUUCUUGUUUAUGGAUUCCAUAGACCCGACGAGAGUCUUACUGUGAGAGCUGACUUUUUCUCAAAAGGCUGUAACGAAAAUGCCAACAGUAAUGUUGCAAAAUUUUUGUUGGCUAAGCUUCAGUCAUACCUCAGAAAUCUUAGCUGUGAAAUUAAAGAAAGAGUUGUAAGCUGUGAUUGGUUCUCAAGAAAUCAAGAUAUAAAGCCAGAUCCUAAUAGAGUAAAAGUACACAUGGAAUUCUUCGUCCUCCCGUAUGGAAUUCUCUGGGAGCAACAUUGUCCUCCAGGAGACUCCAAUGAGAAGGACUGUGACAAGGAAACACAUAAUCAAAUGAUAAAGGCAUCUUCUGUUCUUCAAGACUUUUUUCAAGAACACAAGGAAUUUGACAGUGGAAUUUCUGGUCUUGACAAAAUGAAGUUGCUGGAUGAGUCUCUCAGAACUGUAACAAUCAGUCACUGUAAGCCUGGCUUUGGGAAGGACAGUACACAGCAUGACUGUCCUAAUUGUUGUGUGGUAUGUGAGCCUGGCAGUUUCAGUUCAUUAACAUCCUCCCUUUGUCAGAAGUGUUCCCGUGGUACCUUUGGCAGUGGCUAUGGCCAAGAGUCCUGCACGCCAUGCAAAAAUGGUGACUUUACAAUGAAUGUUGGAGCAACAUCCAAGAAACAAUGUGAAUCAAUGAAUUUCAAACCAUUUGUCAUCACCAUCGGAAUACUUUCGGCUGCAGUUGUAGUCCUUAUUUUUACCAUCAUUGGACUUUGUUUCAGGUUUGUAUGCUUGCCUCAACUCUCUUAUCAGCCAGUUAACAAAGAGGAGACUUUCCUGCCUGAGAUACAUGUUCCAGAACACUAAAUCCAUUUGAAUAAAAACAUGAGGCUGUCAGAGUGGUAUCCUCAAAUUCUUCACCACAGAAUCCUUGAAUAGAAAUCAUCUAUUAAAUAGUCAAAGAAGAGCUGGGUCAUGAAAAAGGCCAACUGCUCCAAAUGAACAGUCAAAAGAACUGGGCUGACCUGUUGCUUUUUUAACACUGUUGCCUUGAAUUGUUGUCUUAAGAUUGUCACUAACUAUAAUUGUUGUGGACUUCAUCUGGCUUUGUAUCAGAAGGAUCAUAAUCAAUUAUCAACAUGUGUUUUAUAAAAAUAUCAAGUGAUACAGAAUUAUACGAAUGCACAUCCACACAC